UCCGGUGCCGUCACGGGACAGAGCAGUCGGUGACAGCUCCGAGUGCCCCCACCCGCUCCCAUGGCCGAGCCGGACCCCUCUGACCCUCUGGAGACGCAGGCAGGGAAGGUGCAGGAGGCUCAGGACUCAGACUCGGACACUGAGGAAGGAGCUACUGGUGGAGAGGCAGAGAUGGACUUUCUGCGGAACUUAUUCUCCCAGACCCUGGGUCUGGGCUCCCAGAAGGAGCGUCUGCUGGACGAGCUGAGCCUCGAAGGAGUGACCCGCUACAUGCAGAGCGAGCGCUGUCGCAGGGUCAUCUGUUUGGUGGGAGCCGGAAUCUCCACGUCUGCGGGUAUCCCUGACUUCCGCUCCCCAACCACUGGCCUCUAUGCGAACCUGGAGAAGUACCAUCUUCCUUACCCGGAAGCCAUCUUUGAGAUCAGUUACUUCAAGAAACAUCCAGAACCUUUCUUUGCCCUUGCCAAGGAGCUCUAUCCCGGGCAGUUCAAGCCGACCAUCUGCCACUACUUCAUCCGCCUGCUGAAGGAGAAGGGGCUGCUGCAGCGCUGCUACACGCAGAACAUAGACACGCUGGAACGAGUGGCGGGGUUGGAGCCCCAGGACCUGGUGGAGGCCCACGGCACCUUCUACACCUCACACUGCGUCAGCUCCUCCUGCCGACAAGAGUACUCGCUGAGCUGGAUGAAAGAGAAGAUCUUCUCAGAAUCAAUCCCCACGUGCGAGAAAUGUCAGAGCGUGGUAAAGCCUGACAUCGUGUUUUUUGGUGAGAAUCUUCCGCCGCGCUUCUUCUCCUGCAUGCAGUCAGACUUCUCCAAGGUGGACCUCCUCAUCAUCAUGGGCACCUCCCUGCAGGUGCAGCCCUUCGCUUCCCUCAUCAGCAAGGCACCACUAUCUACCCCACGCCUGCUCAUCAACAAGGAAAAGACCGGCCAGACAGAUCCCUUCCUGGGCAUGAUGAUGGGCUUAGGAGGUGGCAUGGACUUUGACUCCAAGAAGGCUUACAGGGAUGUAGCCUGGCUAGGUGACUGUGACCAAGGCUGCCUGGCCCUUGCCGACCUCCUUGGAUGGAAGAAGGAGCUGGAAGACCUUGUCCGGAAGGAGCAUGCCAGCAUAGAUGCCCAGUCAGGGUCCCAGGCCCCCAACCCCAACACUACCACCUCCCCUAAAAAGUCCCCACCUCCAGCCAAGGAGGUGGCCAGGACCAAAGAGAAAGAGGAGCACCAGUGACCACUACCUCCCAAACAGGACAGUGGAGUCCCAGCCAGCACGGUCCCUCUAACGUGCAGCUGGUGUGGGGCUCAGGAGAUCCUUCAUUCUCUUAACCACUUUCUUGAAACCAGGGUCCCCAACUCAAUCCCAGAAAAUUCUAAUAUUCCUGAGGCUGAGGCCUGCACAGCCCUUCUCUAACAGCUCACAGCCUCUAACCCGCCCACCCCAGGGCAAGAAGCAACCUUCCCUAACUUCUAACUACUCCCAGAGAUCAGGUUACCCCCAAACUCCUAACUGUGCCAGAACAAGGUAUUUCUCUAUUGUUCUCAGGGGACCUGUGGCUAAAUCAAAUUAACUUACCCCACACAGGGGCUGGACUUCUUUAGUGAAAUAUGACUUCACCCAGAGGAUGGGGCCUGUGGGGUCUCUGCCUCCCACAGACAAAGUGGGUGCUGUCUCCCCUUUCCUAGCGACCCACUUGCCAGCCAGUGGGGGAUGGGCAGGGGACCUUGCUUAUUGGAAACAAACUAAAACCAAAACAAACUAA